CUUUCUACUAAAAGUCCUCUCAGAUCCUGUCCUAGCUCUUCUUCAAUCUUGACUUUAGUUCUCUCUUCUUACUCCUAACCAUUAUUACGAGUGCUAUCAGGAAUGAGUUAGUGAUCUGUCUUUAAGCUAAUGGCUUUCAGAUGAUUCGCUGCUUCCUUCUCUUCAUCCUCCGAUCUGGGUUUUGAUUUUAACUUUAUACCCAAGUAAGAAGCUAGUAAUUAGGGUUUAGAGGUUUACUCUCUUCGUGAAUCGUCGCAAAGGUACAAACUUUUUGGAAAAUUCGGACAUGAUUCAGCUACUGUUUCUAAUUAUGUUCGUGGAGGGUGCUAUUACAUUCUUGUUGCUGAUAAAGAUUGGUCCUUUGAGGGAGCUUGUGAUUAAAAGCCUUGACCAGAUGAAGAUGGGGAAAGGUCCCGCCACUGUGAAAACCAUAGCUGGAACCAUGGCUGUUAUCCUCUUCUCCAAUCUCAUGAGCAUUGUCAAGAUCCAGAACAAAGGUGCGAAGCUCGGGACUAUGUCUCCCAUGGAUCAGGUUCUUUGGCGAACCCAUUUGCUUGAAGCUUCUCUAAUGGGAGUGGUACUUUUUCUUGGCUUCGUAAUUGACAGAAUGCACCACUACAUGAGAAAGCUGAUCAGUUUACGAGGCAACGUUGGAUCAUCUAGAGAAGAACUUGAACAGCUCCAGAAAGAGAGAACCGAACUGAAGGAGAAGGAGGAGAAGGCGUCCAAGGAAGUCAAGCAGCUUCAAGAGAAACUGUCAUCUAUGUCAGAGAGACUCAAGAAAGCAGAGAUGGAGUGUAAAGAGAAAGAAAAGAAGCUGGAAGCAGCUGAAACGCAUGUCGCUGCUCUUCAGAAACAGUCUGCAGAGCUGCUUCUGGAGUAUGAUAGUUUGCUGGAAGAUAACCAAAAGCUCCAGAGUCAAAUUUUGGGGAAAACUAAGAGCUAAUGUAAGAAUUGCUGGGUUUGUCAUUUUACCAAGGUUGUUUUUUUUGGAGUAUUGUUAACAGUGGUGAUUGAGAAGAGAGUUUUCUUUAAUGAAGGGUUGCAGUUGAGUUCUUGCAUCAGUCUUGUAUUUGAGUAUAUGGUGGAUGUUGAAUGUCUGAUUGCUUGCAAAGAUCAAUUUAGAUUUUAAAUUACAGAUGAUGUUAUUGUUAUUUUAUCACUCUUAAAGUUUACUAAGGAGAAGGAUCAUGAUUAAAAAAAUGGAACACUACUCAAUGGAGACUAGAAAAAAACGCCGACUGUGGGGAUCGAACCCACGGCCACGGGAUUAAAAGUCACGCGCUCUACCACUGAGCUAAGUCGGCUACUGAUAUAUCUUGUUUUGUUUAUUAAUUUAAAGGCAAACAACAAACACGAUUACAUGUGUAUUUCAUUUGUGCUUGUAAUAAAGCUUGGUCUGUUAUCAUUUAUCAACACUGUCCAGCUCACACACUCUACCGAUUGAAUUAUUUACCAAAUGGAACACAAUUUAUUUCCAACCUUCUUGUGCGGUUGUGCCCAUUUGCUUUCUACUAGAUUCCAACAUUGGGUUUGGAUCAUUCAAUAUCAAUGGCUCUUCUCUGUGUUUAAAAAAAGGUUACAAGUUUGCAACUGUUUUAGAGAAAGGCAAGAGUGAUGAUGCAGCUUCUGGUCUCCCCUCCGAUCUUUGGCUGUCUUUCUUGGUAACAAAUGCUUAAGCCCAUUUUUGUUUGUUCUGUAAAAAUCAGAAUAAAACGAUGAAACUUGUGAUGAGAAUUUUUAGCCUCAAAAAUUUCCACAUAAUAUACUGAUACUAGACUUUAUAUAAUGUCCACAUAAUAUAAAAUAUAAAAUUAUAUUUUCAAUAAUUUUAAUUUUAUCGCCCUUUCGUGUAUAGAAAGUUGGGCAGAAAACUAACGUUACAGUUGGCAGAAAAUAAUGAAAACAAAGAGAUGAAGUGAUAAUUGGGUUAUAAAUAAAUACUCCAUUAGAACAAUUAAGGAGAAAAAUCGCGAGAAAAGAGGAUGCACGACAUCGAAACUACAAAGCGUGCUUCGCACUGAAUGGUCUUUUUUUUCUUACACAGGAAAAAAAAAAUAUCUCCCAUCUCUCUCUCUCUCAUAAACAGAGAAGAAGAGAGGAUAUAAAUAUUGACCACUAGAGAAAGAAACUCGCCGCUUGGUAGCAGUAAGCAGUAAGCACUAUAUCUCGAGCCGCACUAAGGUAUGCACCAUUUUGGCGCUUGGAUAAGCCACACCGUUUUCUAUGGUUUAAUAUCAUCAAGAAUCCAAAGUUCGUGAGGAGAACACAGGAAUUUAAAUGUUCAAGUGUCAGUGCUGAUGGAACAUGAUGAAUUAAAUUUCAAUAUACAAUUUUCUGAACAUAUAAAAUUAACAAAAAAGUUUAUUUAAUCUUUUUUGAUGGCUACGAUCGAAGGAAGGACUUUGAUAUGUAUUCUAGAGUUGU